UUGUGUCUCCAUAACUGAAAACACCUCUUCUGCACAAAAACACAUUCGCCGCCUAGCAACUUAAUUUUGGCCUCGAACCAAGAAAUCGGAACGCUGGCAGGAAGGGGCUCUGAAUCAGCCGGGUGCGAAAGACCGGCUGGGACUAAUAUGGAGAAGCGAGGGUAGAGGAGAAACAAAGCAACAACAAUCCUCGCACAUCAGAAAUAUUUGCAUGGAAAUGUUGACACACAACGUGGAGCGGAGGAUGGAGGGGGAGUUCUGAGGACAGCCUGAGCUGCGUCUGUCAUCUGCUGAGUGCGUCUCCCUCGUGAGGCUGGGGGACCCCACGGUGUUGCGGGGCUGCGUUGCCCACACGCUGCAGCCUUAUCUGGAUGCCUGGACCACUGGCUGCAGCCAGAAAGCCUGCAAUAUGGCAACUGAACCAGGUCUGUAAACCGCUGCUCAGCUGACCAGAUUCUUCCACAGGAACACACACUGUAUGCCCUACAAGCUUCCUCUGUUUGCAGCGUACAUGGAUCUCUGUCCUAUUCAUGGCACAAAACACAAUCUGGACAACAGCACCUCGGAUGGACGAAGCAAAGUGCAAAUACUGACGAAUCUUAAGACGAAACCUAGCUUUUCUUUCUUUAUUACACAAAACGGAUCUUAAUUGACCUUCAGCGCUGGAAUUGUGUAAACCUAGACACUGUUUUGUUCACAGCUACAAGGUGCCUGGAUACCUGAGGACUGCGGGGGGGGGGAUCAAUUCUGAUUCAGAACCAAGCGCAGUGUGGUGAGUUCCAUGGUACUUUGAGAAAGCCACAGUUCCUGGAGCUACUUGAAGGGGAUUUGAGAAGAAAGCUGCAGGCCUUGAACAUAAAUGAGCCCAGGUCUCAAGAGCACAGACUCCAGGUCCCACAGAUCAUUCUUCAACCCAGCACACUUGCUAAAUAUGCAGAUCCACCUUAGUUGACAUACAUUGUCAUAUUUUAUUCAGUUUCAGAACAAGAGAGGUCACUGUUUUGAAGAAAGCCCUGGCUGUGCUGUACCUGGCCUACUGUCAGGAGUGUGACGCCCGCAGGCUGCCCAUGGCCAGCAUCAGCAAUUUGAGUCACGCAGCAGGAGCAUAAGAAGAGGGUUGGGGGCAGGAACCACAUGCAGUGGGUGACUUCGGGUCCAAUGUACAUAUGUGGGAUACAUAGAGGCAAUAGGACUGAACAGCUUUUGAGGUAGUGUCUGAGGACUCGGAGAUGGUGAAAGUGGCACUCGAGGUGUGUGGGGAAGAUUUGAUCAAGGCCCAGGUGGAGUUGAACCACCUGCAGGCUGAGUACAGGGAUGCAGUGCCCUGCAGAGUCUGGGAAGCCCUUGAUCAUGCCUAUCAGGAGACCCUGCUGAAGCUGCAAACCCUUCAGAUGGACUUUGACCAAAUCAAAGCCGAGUACGACACACUGCUGGAGGUCCACAUACAGAUCACUGAGCAGUGGGACAUCCUCGAGGGGGAGCUAAAGGCCUUCCAGGGUACUUUCACCUCCUGCCCUCACUGGACUGGGAAGACUGCGCAGGUGUCUGAGAGUUUGCUCCUCAUACUAGGAGGGAGUACCAGAAACAGGGUGUCCACACUGAGAGCAGAAAACAGAGAGACAUACUCGGGGCACAUCUCCCAGGGCCAGUCCAGCCUGACCAUUCUGCUGCAGAAGUUGGAAGAGAGGGCCAUGAAGCAGGAAUUCUUCAUUGGGCUGGUAGCCACUCCACCACGUACCCACCGGCUGACCUGCUCCAUAGGAUUACAUUCUCACGCCCACCACACCCCCAGUCUUCUCAGUAUCAUAAUACACACACAAAGUGCAAGUGCUUUAUAAAUCUCCACCUCAAAGACUGCAGGACAGGUAGGAUGAUAGAGGUGAAUUUUUGACUCUGUUUA